UCCAGCAGUCUGUUUAGUUCUGCUGUCGCUGGUGUGUGUGUCUGUGUGUGUUUAAUGAGGUGUGGAGGUGAAGGGAGAUGUGGUCCUUUUUUGCCAGGGAUCCUGUCAAAGACUUCGCUUAUGAAAUUCUCCCAGACAGCCAAGAGAAGUCUGGAAUAUGGACUCUACAUCGGGGAAAGCGGAAGGCCAAUGGCGAGCCAGUGUCUGUGUUUGUGUACGAGGUGGCUCAGGGAACAGAGCAGCAGACCCAGCUAGCCAAGGCUGCCUUCAAGCGUAUGAAGACGCUGCGUCACCCGAACAUCCUGGCCUAUGUUGAUGGAUUGGAGACAGACAAGAGCCUGUACCUGGUCACUGAACAGGUGACACCUCUGGCAGUCCACCUGAAGGCCCAGGCAGAGAAGGGUGGUGCUGGAGAACUGGAGGUCUCCUGGGGGCUGCACCAGAUAGUGAAAGCUCUGAGUUUUCUUGUCAACGACUGUCACCUGCUUCAUAACAACUUUGGCGUGUGGGCGGUUUUUGUGGAUCGAGCUGGAGAGUGGAAGAUAGGGGCACUCGACCAUGUGGCCCCUGAGCAGGGUGACCCCAGCGGGGUCCCACUACCCGCCCCUAAGGCUGUUUACCCAGACAUGGAGAAAUAUGACCCACCAGAGAUGUCCAACAGCAGUGGAGAGAAAUGGGCAGGGGAGGUGUGGCGACUAGGCUGUUUGAUUUGGGAGGUGUUUAAUGGGCCACUACCUCGCACUUCCUCCCUCCGUUCCUUAGGAAAGAUUCCCAAGGCCCUGGUCCCUCAUUACUGUGAGCUGGUUGGAGCCAACCCCCGUGCUCGACCAAACCCAGCCCGCUUUCUCCAGAACUGUAGGGCCCCUGGUGGAUUCCUCAGUAACAGCUUUGUGGAGAGCAACCUUUUCCUAGAAGAGAUCCAGAUCAAGGAGCCUGCAGAGAAGCAGCAAUUCUUCCAGGAUCUGAGUGACCAUCUGGACUCCUUCCCUGAAGACUUCUGUAAACACAAGGUUCUCCCUCAACUGCUCACUGCUUUUGAGUUUGGCAAUGCAGGAGCUGUCGUCCUCACACCACUCUUCAAGGUGGGAAAGUUCCUGUCAGCAGAAGAAUACCAACAGAAGAUCAUCCCUGUCAUCGUGAAGAUGUUUUCCUCCACAGAUCGAGCUAUGAGGAUACGACUUUUGCAGCAGAUGGAGCAGUUCAUUCAGUAUCUAAACGAGGCAGCAGUCAAUUCUCAGAUUUUCCCUCACGUUGUUCACGGCUUCACAGACACCAACCCGGCCAUCAGAGAGCAGACUGUUAAGUCUAUGUUGCUGCUGGCUCCCAAGCUGAAUGAAACCAACCUGAAUCAGGAACUGAUGCGUCACUUUGCUCGACUGCAGGCCAGAGACGAACAAGGCCCGAUACGGUGCAACACCACCGUCUGCCUGGGAAAAAUUGCCUCCUACCUCAACGCUGGGACUCGACAGCGCGUUCUGAUUUCUGCCUUCUCACGAGCCACAAAAGACCCCUUCCCCGCUUCACGCUCUGCUGGUGUGCUGGGCUUCGCCGCUACACACAACUUCUACAGCUUAACGGAGAUCGCUGCCCGAAUCCUGCCCACCCUCUGUGCCAUCACUGUUGACCCUGAUAAGAGCGUCAGAGACCAGGCAUUCAAAGCCAUCAAGAGUUUCCUUUCCAAGCUGGAGACUGUGUCAGAAGACCCAACCAAGCUGGCAGAGAUAGAAAAGGACGUAGCGUCGUGUGCUCAGCCUGCAGGCGCCUCUUCGAGUUGGGCCGGCUGGGCUGUGACUGGCAUGUCCUCACUUACUUCAAAGCUGAUCCGCAACGCUCCAGGGACUGAGGGAGGCGCAGCGGCUGAAGAUAGCGGGCUUGCCAACACCGCCAGCCCCACGAGUGACCCUGAUGGAGCACUUGUACCUGGAUCUGAAGAUAAGACUCCACAAGACUCUCUGCCUCACCAUGCUGCCUCUAGUCGUGCCAACCAAUCACAGACUCUUGAAGUAACAGAAAAUAAUGAUGAGCCAAUAGGAGACCGCUGGGAUGACGAGGAGGACUGGGGAAGUUUGGAGGAGCCAGAGAAAGCUGCCACUGAGCCAGAUGACUGGAGCACCGACUGGUCAGGAAUGGCAUCAUCUAAAAAGAAGGCCAGUGACAGAGGAGUCGGCCGGUCGUCCACCUCCAUGGCGAUGAAGGCACAGAGCUCUGACUGGAGCAGCUCAGGCUGGGACGCCGAUGACAGCUGGUCCAACGAGAAGGAAGGCCAGGGCCAGAGCUCUGCGGGCGAGGAAGGCUGGGGCAACGACUGGGGGGAGGAGGAGACGGACACAACCUCCGCCAACAACACACUCCCGCUACCCGAGGGCGUGCGAUUAGCCAGCGAGUACAACUGGGACAGCAGCAACACAGCGAAGGGGGCCGGUCAGAACGAUCUGUUUGCCAGCGUGUCCCAGAGAAACACAGCUAACACUGCUGCCGCCACGGCUGGAGAUGGCUGGAGUGCAGAGGCAACAGGAGACUGGGGAGCUGAGGAGAGCUGGGAGUCAGUAGAUGGAGGCCAGAGUCUCAGCAAGGCAGAGCUGUCCAAAAAGAAACGAGAGGAGAGAAGGAAAGAGCUGGAAGCAAAACGAGCUGAGCGUAAAGCUGCUAAAGGUCCUCUCAAACUGGGUGCACGCAAGCUAGACUGAGGAGGGUGGAGCUGGAGAGGGAGGAACAUGGACCUCUGUGACUGAACAGAGCAGCAGAUGGAGGAUUGACAUUCCACGAGUAAAGGACCAGGAAGAAAAGCAGUGAAGAAAACUGAACAGUCCCUGUAAUGGAGGAAGCUCUGUGGCUGAGCAGAGGAAAAUGUUGCUGUUGGUCAGUAGAUGACUCUUGGGUUUGGGAUUUUCUCUUUCUUUAUUAAAGAACUGACAGGUGGGAGAAAAUCCAGAAGAGACAUGAAGCACCACAGAGCAGCAGAGGCCUGACUGAUUUGACAAAAUGUCCCUUUUUUUGUUUUGUUUUGUUUUUUUAUUCAUAACUCAUAAAGUUGCCGUUGUAAAGUAAAUGUAUAUAACUGGUGCAUCUUGUCUUAACAGAAAUGACACUUUUUUUAAAAAAGGAGAAAUCUAUAUAUUAGUUGUUCUGAAUCAAACUUAUUAUACUGAAUGUUUUUCAGUACAUACUGUAUGCACACACACACACACACACACACACACACACACACACACACACAGGCACUCACACAGUGGAUACGAAUGUUUUAGUUCAGCUGUCACUUACAGAUUUAAGAUGUAAAAUCAGUCCAUGCAUGCACCUGUGUAUUUUUGUGGCCUUUCAAAAGGCUUCAUGGCAAGAAAUGACAAAUGUGUUGACUUUACUUUGCACAUACAACACUGUAUUCUACUGAACUGGCCUGACAGGUUACACAUUUGACUGGUGUCAGAUCUGUAAAUGAGAAACAUGCACUUCAGACACAUUUUAAAGCAGCUGGGCCACAGAGAGAAGUUAAAUUGAAGAUGGGAAUCAAUUUGUGUGUUUACCUGAUGUUUUCCUGUCUCCUCGGAGUCGUGCUGUGGUGGAGGGUUUAGGAAAUCAAAGGAGUUUUGUGUUGAAGUCUUCAGAAGGUCUUGUCAUUUAUUUGUGUCUGUAUAAUCCUGCAGAGCUCAUUAAAGUGAGAUCACGUGAGGAAGUUAACACAUACCCGUGAAUAAUUUUAGUCAGUAAGGGUGUGGUAUGGCUAAACGAGGAGCUUCUUGUACUCUUUAAUUUGUGCCUUUAUUCGGUUGCAGAUCUGCUCUGUAAAAUCACACCCAACUCCAAAUUACUAGAGGAAAAUCUCCGAAGUGAACCUGUACUGUCUGAAAGCAUCAGAUUCUGUGUUUUGAUCAAACCUUUCAGCGUGACCUCAUAUCGCCUGUCUGUGUUGGGUAUGGUCCUAGUAGGUUUGGUGUAACUAGCCAUGCAAAAUGCUUUAUAGACGAGCCAGCUGACACAAUCACAAACAGCCAUCACCUCUGGAGCUAAUGUCUGGUUUGGGGUGGUCGGGUCGGGUCAUGCAAGGAACUGUGCUGCGUUAGUCUGAAGAAGGCUGGAUGCAUUAUAUUACAGAGAGUCCAAAUCAUGUAGCAUGUGAGCUUUUCUGAAAUAAAAAAACAACAAAUAUUA